GCAAGCAAAAAAUGUCGCUUUUGUGCAGGAUAUAUGGCUGUUGGUUAACAUACAAUCUACCAAGGAAUUCAGCUCACAUAUGGUUAAGGUUGGAAUCCAAGGGGCUGAAGAGUUUGGUGAGUUUGAGGAAUGGUUCAAUUACAGGCUAUCAAGCACGAGAGCAGCACCUGAAACAUGUGCUGAUUUCCUUGGAAGUUUCAUAGCUGAUAAAACUAACUCACAAUUCAUAAAAGGUGGAAAAUGGCUUGUUUGGAAGUUUGAGGGAGACCGUACUCUUGCCGAUUACAUGAAACAACGCAACUUCCCUUCAAACUUAGAAUCUGUAAUGUUUGGAAGCGUCUUGCAAGGUGUAGACUCUUCUAGGCGAAAUGCAUUGAUCAUCAAGCAGAUCAUGCGCCAUAUAAUUACUUCGCUAAAGAAAAUUCAUGAUACAUGCAUCGUUCACAGAGAUAUAAAGACAGCCAACUUAGUGGUUACUAAACGGGGGCAGAUUAAACUCAUUGAUUUUAGUGCAGCAACAGACCUGAGGAUUGAAAAGAAUUAUGUUCCCGAUUGCACUCUUUUGGAUCCCAACUAUUGCCCUCUAGAACUAUAUGUACUCCCAGAAGAAACACCAAGUCCUCCACCAGAGCCUAUUGCUGCUAUCUUUUCACCAAUCCUAUGGCAGUUAAACAACCCUGAUCUAUUUGAUAUGUACUCUGCUGGGAUUGUACUCCUGCAAAUUGCAAUACCAACCUUAAAGUCUCCUGUUGCUUUGAAGAAUUUCAAUUUGGAAAUAAAAACAUGUGGAUAUCAUUUGAAAAAAUAGGAGAACACUCGCCUCAGACCCGACUUUCAAAUUCUUGAUAGUGAAUCUGGUAGAGGGUGGGACUUAGCAACAAAGCUUAUCUCUAAGAGAGGUCCCUUAAGAAGAGGACGUUUAUCUGCUGCUUCAGCUUUGAGACAUCCUUAUUUAAGCUUAAGUAGAAAGUGAUGAGCAUAGUAAUGUGAGUAUAUCAUCCUUUUUUAUAUUUGAUUUAUUUUUUCAAUUCCUAUUUAACCUGUCAGAUUUAUGUGCACUCCUUAGGUGAGUUGAAAAAUGCUUGUUGAUGCAAAAGGUAGUCUCCAAGUGUUAUGACAAGAAUAGUUUUUUACUGGCCUUGGUUAUGGAUAAUGUGCCGAUAGGGAUACCCUUGUACCUUUUACGGACAUGUCAUGGAUAAAUAGAAAUCAGUAGAAUUUUUUACAGGAUUGUCCGUAAAUAAUGUUAUUUGUGGCUUGUAAGUAUUUGUGUUGUUACCCACGGAAAAGUUAUGAGUAAAGUUACCCACGGAGAAUCGGUAAGUCAUGCUACCCACGGACAUUCCUUAAGUAAGUAUAUUCCACUGCUUUGCCGUGGGUAAAU